UCCUUGCCGGGCAAGGUCUGAUUUUUGGGUCUUAAAAGACUAAAGAAAAAGCCUAAAAAAAAAUACCCAAAGCUAAAACCUUUCUUCUCACAUGAGCCAACCGAAGUCUCUGGUGCAACAGACCAUGGUCCUGCCGCUUCUGAAGCUAGGAACCCUAGCUCUUCGAACUAUCUGCAAACCCAUCGCUAAUCGCCUUAAAAAAGAAGCUGGUGUUCACCCCAGAUUCCGUCAAUUCAUCAUCAACAUUGCACAGGCGAAUCAUAGAUUUACAACAAAGUUACAAAGACGUGCUUCUGGUCGUGUGACUGAUGCUGUUAUUCGCCCUUUAAACGAAGAGCGAGCUGUUCAAGCCGCUGCUGAUCUUCUUGGGGAACUCUUUGCCUUCACGGUUGCAGGGGGGGCACUUGUUUACGAGGUGCAGAGAAAUGCCAGAGGAGAAGCAAAAAAAGAAGAGAAGAGACAACAAGAACUAGCUGAAAUCAGGCAAAAACAUGAGAAGAUGGAGAAAGAAAUUGAAGAGAUGAAACAACGAUGCAGCUUGCUUCAAGAAGAGCUUUCUAAGCCGCUUAAUGAACAGAUUUCUAAGCCCCCUAAUGAAGAGGUUCCUAAGCCAAGAGGGUUUGCUUGGCUCUUCAACUACAUGUGUUGGCAGAGUACUACUGAGAAGAUACCCGUAGCAGAGCUAAAAACCUCAUAGAUGGGUUUCUUUGAAAAGCUUGUUACUUGUAGAUAAGUUUCCAGAUAUAACCAGAUAUGUUAACUGCAUAAGAGAAGAGAUCUGUGUUCGUUUAGGCUUGGACCAUUAUCUCAUAAACCGUAAUUCCAAAAUUCUUCUUACAUUGAAAAUGUCGUUCCUGA